AUGGUGUCGUGUCUUACCAUUUGCUCUACCACCACCCCCAACCACCACACCACCACCACAAUCACAAAACCCCCAUUCCCAUCCACCACCGCUUUCCUCCCCACAAACUUCACAAUCCUAGCCCACCACGCCUGGCACACCCUCACAUUAGGCCUCGGAACAAAGAAAUCCAAAGUGCUGCUCUUCGUUUUCGAGUCGGAGAAGAUGAAAGCGGCUGUGGAUAGGGUUUGGCCGCCUGAGAUUCCCCUCGGAGAAGUGAACAAGAAGCUGAUUAGGGGGCUGAGUGGGUGCGAGAUGGCUCGGUUUAAGUUUCGAAAAGGGUGCAUCACUUUUUAUGUUUAUGGGGUUAGAAGAGUAGGGAGUUUGGGGUUUUCAUGUGCGGAUGAUUUGAAAAAGAUUUUGGAGACUGUGGUUGAGCUUAAGGAUUUCUUGGACCAUACUGCUAUGCUAGCCAUGCCUAACCAGAGAACCAUUGGGUUCGCCCCUCCUGUCGCCAUGGCUCACUAGGCAUGUUUUUCUUCUUCUUCUUCACCAUUAUUGCUUACCCAACAACUACUUCUUUCCCUUUUAUGACUUUUUUUUUUUGACUUGUGAAAAUAUUUUUGAUUUGGUGGGAGAAUGUUUUAAUUUUGGACAAAUUGCACAUGUAAUUCUGUGGUUUGUCUUUUAUGUCAAUUUAUUCUUUGUAAUUCUAAUUGUAUCAAUUUUACGUUAAAUUUUUUAUGUUGGGUGAAUUUAGUCUAAUUGAUGACGUUCCUUUAGAAAUUAUACUGAAACCAAUAGGUAAAAUUGAUCAGAUAGAUUGAGAGGUUUUGACUUUUAA